UGGAAGCUGCCACCAGGAGCCGCUGCCAUGUCGGGGAAAUUCGAGAUUACGAACAUGGACAUGAAGUUGGGGGCAACCCUGAAGAUCAAGGGCAAGGUUGCCAACGAUGCCGAUGGCUUUAUGAUUAAUCUGGGACAGGGGCCUGAGAAGAUAGACCUGCACUUCAACCCACGCUUCAGAGAGUCCACCAUCGUCUGCAACUCACGGGAUGGCAACUGGGGGCGGGAGCAGCGGGAAAAUCACCUAUGCUUUGGCCCAGGGUCAGAGGUCAAGCUCACAGUGGACUUUGACAGCGAUGAAUUCAAGGUGAAGCUGCAAGAUGGGUACCGGUUUACCUUUCCUACAAGGCUGGGUUCUAGCCACCUGAGCUACCUGAGUGUGCAGGGUGGGCUCAGCAUCUCCUCCUUCGAGUUCGAGUGAGUGGGCAGCACCCUGCAGGAUAGAAGACCCCUGCCAGACCCCGUACCCCAAGUCUUCCUGAGCCACACAAGGACUGGCAGCCUGGGGGUCCUGGCUCUAUUCCCCAACCCGUCCACUUGCAGUUCCUGUCCCUCUGGCCCCAUU